ACGGCUAUAUUUUUUUUCCCCAUCAGGGAAAUGAAAGAGAGAUUCCCCGAGGGCCUUCCCGCGAGAAUCUCGCAGAAGCGGCAUUACUCCUAAAAGCUUCUGCUCCGUUCAUCUCCCAUUAAUUUCGCGAAGAUUUCGAUACCAUCAAAAGCCUAGAAUAGGAUAUAAAGUUCUCGCCUUUCUUUGCUUUUUUUGGGAUUUGUCCCCGUGUUCCACCGCGGACAUCUUGCUGUCUUCUCCGCCUUUAUCCCCUCUCGGUUCCUCCCAAUCCCCAACUCGUUGGAUAAUCCGGUGCUGCCAAUCCCCGGCCGGCGAUCCGGCGGCGAUGGGCUGCUCGUCGUCGAAGAAUGUCGUGUCGGUGACGCCCGUGCUGGAUUCGUCAGGCAUUCUCAGGGAUAACAGAAGAUCGGAGGCAGUUUCGGAGAUAUCGUCGAGGGAGAGGCCAAAGGAGGAUGAGGCGGAGGAUAAAGAGAAGAUCGAGGAGCCGAAGGUAACGGUGAAAGCGGUCGUGGAAAGCCCUAAAGCGGUUGUCGUCAGAGUGGAGAACCUUCACAAGCACAUCGAAGGGGAACAAGCCGCCGCGGGAUGGCCGAGAUGGCUCACAGCCGUAGCUGGUGAGGCAAUUCAUGGAUGGGUGCCCCUCAAAGCUGAAAACUUUGAGAAACUGGAUAAGAUAGGGCAAGGCACUUACAGCAGUGUGUUUAGAGCAAGGGAUCUUGAAAAUGGAAAAGUUGUUGCCCUGAAGAAGGUGAGAUUUGACAAUUUUGAGCCAGAAAGUGUCAAGUUCAUGGCACGAGAAAUAGAGAUACUUCGUCGGCUCGACCAUCCAAAUGUUAUGAAACUGGAAGGUUUGAUCACCUCUCAGUUAUCUUGUAGCUUAUAUCUGGUGUUUGAAUAUAUGGAACAUGAUCUUUCUGGAUUAUCAUCAUCACCAGAUGUGAAAUUCACCGAAUCACAGGUGAAGUGUUAUAUGAAACAAUUGCUAUCUGGCCUUGAACAUUGUCAUUCGCGAGGAAUCAUCCAUCGAGAUAUUAAGGGUGCAAACCUCUUAGUUAACAAUGAUGGAAUCUUAAAAAUUGCUGAUUUUGGUCUGGCAAACUUCAUGCCACCUGAAAAUAAGCAACCGCUAACUAGUCGUGUUGUAACACUAUGGUACCGUCCACCUGAGCUUCUGUUGGGCUCCGUCGAUUAUGGAGCAUCAGUAGACAUGUGGAGUGUUGGUUGUGUAUUUGCAGAGAUGUUCUUCAAGAAGCCCAUUUUGCAAGGAAGAACUGAGGUUGAGCAACUGCACAAAAUCUUUAAACUAUGUGGUUCCCCAUCAGAUGAAUACUGGAAGAAUUCCAAGUUACCUCAUGAAAUAAUUUUCAAGCCCCAUCGUCCUUAUGAGGGUCACCUGCAUGAGACUUUCAGAAAUUUGCCACAAUCUGUCUACAAAUUAUUAGAAAGAUUUCUAUCUAUAGAACCUCGAAGGCGUGGAAGUGCUGAGUCUGCUCUGGCAUCUGAGUAUUUCUCAGCAAUGCCUCUUUCGUGUGAACCAUCAAGUUUGCCAAAAUACCCACCUACCAAAGAAAUUGAUGCAAAAAUCCAAGAGGAUGCUAACAGGAGGAUUCCAAAGGGCAACGGUAGAGCACGUGUCACAGAAGUGACGAGGAGACCAUUAAGGGUUCAUAGGGAUACACAAGAACUUAGCGGCUUGAGUAGAUUAUCAAACCACCAAGAGGCGGAGCAUCGAAAAAUUAACCAUGGAACUGAUAGCAGUGGCGACAAGUUACCUUGUCCCAGAGUUAAUGGUGGUUCUAGACUCUUUGUAGAUCUUCAGCCAAUGGCAGCACUAAAUCCUUCUGAUCGAGGUCGACAUAUUAAGCAUAUUUCUCAAGGGAGCAUUCCUUUCUCAGGUCCUUUGCAUGUUAAUCAUUCUAAUGGUCUUGCAUGGGAUAAGAAACUGCGGGAAGAUCGUCCAUUUGCUAAAACUCAUAUUAAAACUACCUCAAGGAACCAUAAUAAUGGUGCACCGGAGCUGCCAGCUGCUAUCAGAGCCAGAGUUAGUUCUGGUUUUGAUGGCCAAGCUAAUGGAAAUACUGCACAUUAUCCACUUGAUCAUCACAGGCGCAAUGAGCAGUAUAAAUUGGCAAAGAAAGCAGCGAUGAAAAAUUGGGCACAACUGGAACAACCAGAUUCAUUCGAUUCUUCCAAAUUUCAUUCACAUGAUUUCUCAAGAAAUGGCACAAUGCAAUCAAAGCGCAGUAUGCUGGGAUAUCAUGAUGGAGGCAGGGUGGAGUUUUCAGGGCCAUUGUUGUCUAAAGCCCAAAAGGUUGAUGAAUUGUUAGAAAAACAUGAUCGUCAAAUCCGGAAAGCCGUUCGAAAAUCAUGGUUCCAACGAGAUCUACACUCAAAAUUGUCUUUAAAUACAGUGGCUGGAAGAAAUCAAGUUCAGUGAAUCAAAGCUGUUGCUUAUACUUAAGAAGCUCCUGCUGUACAUUGCAACGUAUCCUAUCUGUUAUAAAUUGCCCGACAAAACACUUUGGUAAAGACUGUUACAUUGAUAGGAAUGAGGCUAAAUAUGUUUCCAUUUUUCUCACAAGUGAGUUUAGCAGCCUUAAAUAUGUUAAGGAUGAAAAAAAUAUAAAAAAUUUCAUUCAUUUGUCAUAUUUUUUUUGCUGAUUCUGAGAUGUUAACCAAACAGGAUGUUCCAGUUUUCAUAUUAGAGAAGGAUGGAAAACAGCGACUGCUACUUAUGCAUAGCUUUGAUUUUCUAUUUUCUUUUCUUUUCUUUUA